GAGCCGAGUCAAUACUAUCCCGGGCGGAGGUGUGCCAGUCCCAUCCCGGGCGGAGCCGAUCCAAUCCCGUUCCGGGCGGAGCCCUGUCAGUGCUAUCUCGGGCGGAGGUGUGCCAGUCCCGUUCCGGGCGGAGCCGAGUCAGUACUAUCCCGGGCGGAGCCGAGCCGUGUCAGUCCCGUUCCGGCGGAGCCGUGUCAGUGCUAUCCCGGGUGGAGCCGAGCCGUGUCAGUCCCGUUCCGGCGGAGCCGUGUCAGUGCUAUCCCGGGCGGAGCCGAGCCGUGCCAGUCCCGUUCCGGCGGAGCCUCCGCCCCUCCAUGGCCGCCAUGGCCGCUCCGCCGCCCGCCGAGCCCCCGGUGCCCCCCGGCCGCUGCCGCCCGUCGCUGCUCGCCGUGGAGCCGCUGGUGUUCCUGGCCACCGUGUCGCUGGGGCUGCAGGGCCCGCUGGCCACCCAGUACCUGUGGGACCGGCUGGGAGCCGAGCACGGCUACAGCGACCGCAACAGCAGCGACUCUGCCGGCUGCGGGGACGGCAACGCUACCGCCGACCCCCUGCGGCAGGAGGUGGAAGCCCUGGUGUCCCGCUGGAACCUCUACAUCAACCUGGGAGGUUUCUUCGCCUGCCUGUUCUCCGUGACCCUCUUUGGCCCCUGGAGCGACAGCGUGGGCCGGCGCCCGGCGCUGAUCCUGCCGACGGCGGGCAUGGCGCUGCAGACCGGCAUCUACCUGCUGGUCAUGUACCUGGAGCUGCACGUCGCCUUCUUCCUGCUGGGACGCAUCGUGAGCGGCCUCACGGGCGACUACAACCUGAUCCUGGCCAGCUGCUUCUCCUACGUGGCCGACACGAGCGAGCGGCGCGCGCGGACGUUCCGCGUGGCCGUGCUCGAGGCCUGCCUGGGCGUCGCGGGCAUGGUGGCCAGCAUCGGCGGCGGCCAGUGGCGCAAGGCCCAGGGCUACAUCAACCCCUUCUGGCUGGCCUUUGCUGCCAGCCUGGCCGCCACGCUCUACGCCGCUUUCUUCCUGCGGGAGUCGGUGAGGCAGAAGAAGGAGGCCAAGCUGUUCACGCUCAGCCACUACAAGGCUGUGUACCGGCUGUACACGGCGCCGGAGCGCCCCAGCUCCAGGUGGAAGCUGGCUCUGUACUCCCUGGCUUUCUUUGUGAUUGUCACCGUGCAUUUUGGAGCCAAGGACAUUUAUGUUUUGUACGAGCUCGGCUUCCCUCUCUGCUGGACGUCCGACCUCAUCGGGUACGGCUCGGCCGCCAACUACCUGGCUUACCUGAGCAGCCUGGCGGGGCUGAGGCUGCUGCAGCUCUGCCUCGAGGACACCUGGGUGGCAGAGAUAGGACUGCUCUCCAACAUUGCUGGGCUGGUGGUGAUGUCCCUUGCUACCACAACGCCUCUGAUGUUUGCAGGUUAUGGAAUUCUGUUCCUUUCCAUGGCACCCACUCCAGUCAUCAGAUCCAAGCUCUCCAAGCUGGUCAGUGAGACAGAGCAGGGUGCUCUCUUUGCUUCUGUUGCCUGUGUGCAAGGGCUGUGCUCACUUGUGUCUACAGGAGUGUUCAACUCUCUCUACCCUGCCACCCUGCACUUCAUGAGGGGAUUCCCAUUUCUCUUUGGGGCUAUACUCCUCCUUAUUCCAGCAGCUAUCCUUGGGUGGAUACAAAUCUGGGAUUCAAAACACAACUACGACGACGACUUCCAAGAUUCUUCCCUGUCCCCUGCAAAAGACUGAAUUUAACAACAAGGAAUUGGCCAGCACAGCAGUGUCCAGAUGAAAAUUGCACUUUAUUCUUCCCUCAAAGGACAGAUCAGUGUGGGAGGGACACCCUGCUUGUCCUUACUAACUUUUAAAUGCCAAAUAAUUGGAAAUCACAGGAGAAACUUGAUUUGAAGCUGUGAAUGCCUCCUCAAUGCUGUGUUGGCUUAUCUGGGAAAACCCAAGAGACCCAAAAGCCAAUCAAGCUGUUGUGGGCCUUUUGCAAGGCUGAUUUGUGGUUUGGUGGGGGCCAGAAGGCUCUGCUGUGAUUUUAGUUGGGAGAGAGGACUGAGUUCUGGUUUAAUUGCAAAGCAUUUUCCCCUCAGAGUAUUCCAGUGUGCUGCAGAUGAGCACCCAACAGUGUCCUGCUGGGGGGAAGAUCUGUGCUCCAGAUCAUCACAUUGCCAGUAAAAACCCAACAAAUGUGACAUGCCAGACCACAAAAUCCUUAUGGAGAGGGAUAGUUUAGCACAGGAGUGCUGUUGCUGUCCUUACUGACUGAACCAGAUUUAGUUUUGCAAGUCAGAGGUUUCCUAAGGAGAGGAUCUAAUCCAUGGAACUGUGGUAGGAAUGCCAGUGGUAUGUCCUGCCUGUCUGCAGCUCAGCCUAGGAUCUCAGAGGUGCCUUUGAGAAGUAACAGAUCAUCUGAGAAUACUGCAGUGCCAGUAGAAUAAACCCUGGGUUGGGAGGGACCCGUGAGGAUCCUUGAAGCAGCUCCUUCUGUAGGUGCCUUAAUUGACAGUUGCCAAAAACUGUGAAGUUAAGGAGAAAAUUGUCAGAAUUGUUCCCCCUUUAAACAGCAAAGCUGAGCCCCAGUUUGAUAGGUGUGCCCCAGUAAUCUGAAAUCACUGCUGUGCUUGUCCAGAGCCUUCCUCAGCAAGCUGGAGUGGGGACAGGACCAGUGUCUCUAUGAUUAAUCAUUUUUGUUGUAUGUGUAAUCUUGUGUUAAUGACCUCAGUUCUGCUGCCUGUCCUGGGAUCUGUUGAUGCCAGCAAGCAAACUCCAUGGUGCUUAUAAUUGUUCUUUCCAAUGCAUUACCUGUGUUGCUGCAAUCCAUUUUUUUUUCUUCAACGUGCCAUAAAGCAGCAGUUCUGUGCACACUGCACUGCACACACUGUUCAGGUACAUUCAGUAAUGACUUUACUAUUACUUUCAGAAUAAAUAAAACCUCCAUGCUUUUUUUUGGUUAAUUAAACUCUGGGUAUCUUGUGCAGCUGUUAA